AUGUCCUCUUCCCUUCCACCCGUUCCUCCUUCUUAUUAUGAAAAUUUCCUUGAAAGUUUGGCUCAAAUUGUCUCCAAACUAUUAACCGACAGAGAAACGGAAGCUGUCCUGACUUCUAUUCGUUCUUUUCAAGAAAGAUUAAAACGUCUAAGCAGUCAAAACCUCAGUCGUUUAAAUUUAGAAUUAACUCAAGCUCAGGUCAAACAACGUCAUUAUAAAUGUCAACAUGAAGGCAAAACUUGUACUCAGAACUGUACGCGUGGUUUUAUCAAAGCUUAUACUGUUGCUUUUGUUGUGAAGUAUCUUAUUGGUGUCUUACCUUUAUUAUUAACUGGAAAACUCUUCAAAAAACCAAGUAUGUUGAAACGCAUGGCUGGAAAUACAUUCCUUAGUAGUUAUAAGGGGAUUCUUUGUGGGAUGCGGCGAUUACGUGGGACAAAAGAGGGUGGAUCUGAUCGAUUGAAUGCAUUUGUAGCUGGAACAAUAGCUGGUUUAUCUUUAAUGAUUGAUCCUGAUAAACGACGUCGUCAAUCAAUGAUGUUAUACCUUUUAACACGGAGUCUUCAGUUUAGUGGGGCCUGGUUGAUGACUCAAUGGUCCAAAUCAAGACAACAACGACGUCAACAAGCUUUUAAUCGACUCAAAGAACAAGUGGAUGCAAAAGGAUUUGAACAAGAUGAACCUCGUCAAUUGACCUUACAUCGAUCCUUUGAAGAUAUACUUGCCAAAGGGUUAGAACACUAUGCUGGUGCGCUUGUGAUGAUGCUUGCCAAUGCACAAAUCAUUUAUGCCUUUUUGUUUGAUCGUGAUACAUUACCCAAGUCUUAUUUUGCAUUUUUAUUGACUCAUGCUGGUUGGAAAGGUGACUUUGGGAAUAUGGCUUUACCUCUUGUUUCUUCUAUCUGUGACACUGUGACUCGAAUGGAUGUGGAUCCUACCUCUUUACCUCAUCGUAUUCCUACUGAUACUACCACCCGUGAAUAUAUCUCUCAACAUGUCAGUCCUAAUGUCGCCACCAUCAUUCCUCACAAUAUUCGUCAUUCUUUUACUCUAUGUGCCUUGCAACAUCCUUUAGAUGAUUCUUGUACUCGUAGCAAAUUCACUUUGUUCCGUGAUGAAUAUGGUCGUGCUUUGAAAUUAUAUGUUCCUUUGAACGUCUCCAAUCACUGUCUUCCGAAAAUUCUUGAAAUCUGCCACACGAUCGUCUUUAUUUUUGGCAAUGUAUGUCACUAUGGGUUUUGCAACACCUUGUGCUGUACGUCCUUUCACAGGAAGAGAAAGUCGAUGGAUUUAUUAUUUACCAGGUUUGGUGGGUGGUAG